AUGGCAUCCGAUGAUGAAUCGAUUCGGCCUCUGCUAUGGUCCUUCUCCGGGUUCCGCGAGAACAGACGACCGGCGCCGAUUAGGCGACAGUUGAGCCAGUCGCGUACGAGCCUCCAAGAUGUGCUCUCGUCUCGGAACAAACAUUUUGCCGUCCUGGCCAUCGUAUCCCUAGAUGUCGCCGCCCUCAUGGCCAACAUCUUUGUCGAGCUCGUUGCCUGCGAUAUGAAGCGGGAAGACGAGCCUUGGGUCAAGCACACGCGCGAGGGUCUCACCGUGGCGGGUCUCGUGUUCAGCUCAUUGUUCUUGAUCGAACUCGUCUUGUGUGUUGUUGCAUUUGGGUGGAGGUACUUUGCAGAAUGGUUUCACCUACUUGAUGGCAUAGUCAUCGUGGCAAGCUUUGUCAUUGACGUGCUCUCGCACGGCAUCGUGGAGGAGAUUGCGUCUCUCGUCAUCGUGUUUCGUCUUUUCAGAUUCGUCAAAGUGGUUGAGGAGAUGAGCAUGGGGGCCGCGGAGAGGAUGGAGGGUCUCGAGGAGCAGCUGGCGAUUCUAAGGCGAGAGAAUGGAGAGAUGAAGAGGCAGUUGACGACUAGGCGCUGA